AUGCCAUUUGAUCUAGAACCAUCUGACUCCGGGCACCAACUGUCUAGCGCGCCAGCUCACAUAUCACCUGCCUCUGACGCAUCUCACGACAUCUCCGCUUCACCAGCUACCAGCCGUCACGACUUGAUAAACUCUCCAGGUAGUGCACGAAUAACUCGACAUCUUCGAGAUAGCUCUGGACUUGACCAUUCUCCUGCUUCACCAUAUUCCCGCCCCGCGAUGCCGUUUACAACGCGUGAGGCCGUUCUUAUCAAGAACUUUGCCGAAAACAUGGCUCUAUGGGCUGACGCGACAGAUAUAAAGCGCCAUUUCGAGCUUGAGGUUCCUCGCAGGUCUAUGUACUUUCCCGUGCUACGUUACGCGGUUUUCGCCUUCUCUUCGCGUCACCUGAAUCGAGAUAAGUCAGAUACGUCUACUGAGUCUUUGGAAUAUUAUGAUCAUUGUCUGAGCCUCUUGAUCGAAGCUGUUGGCGAGCUAAAUGGGCCAAUCGACGAAGAGACGCUUGCCGCAAUCGCCAUAUUGCGACAGUACGAAGAGAUGGACGCGGAUGAUAUGGAAAUGCAUCUGACAGGGACAUCACGAAUCGUGAACUCAAUGUCUUUGUUUGACUUCAACAGCGGUCUUGGUGAAGCUGCGGCAUGGCUCUGUCUUCGACAAGAUAUCUAUGUCUCGUUGACCAAACAGCGACCGUUAAGAUCAGAUCUAGAGACCUAUCUCCAGUCAGAUGUCUUCAGGCGCGCUGAUGAUGCAGCUUAUGCAAACAAAAUGGUCUUUCUUCUAGCGCGAGCCCUCAGCUGCGUCUUCCCAUCAGGUUUGCCUGUUAGCAACGAAAAGCUGGAAAGUAUUCGACUCGAAGUUGAUGGCUGGUUUGAGUCAAAGCCUGCCGCCUUCAACCCGAUACUUGAAAAGGGUAGAAACAAGGAUGAAGGACGAUUUUUGCCUGAUAUAUGGGUUCUUUCGCCAUUCCAUUCCAUUGGGUUACAAUAUUACCAUAUUGCGAGGAUUGUCCUGGCUACUUCAACGCCCAUUACUACAGCUUCAGUCUUUGAUCAUAUACGUCAAUGCAAGAAAGUAGAGCGAACGGUUCAGAACCAUCUCCUACAAGUAAUAGCCUUGGCCAGCUCUCAUGCAAGAGCAGAAAACGCUCUGUUUACAGCGCGGCAUUCACUAUCCGUUUGGGGCAGUGUGUUUACCGAAAAGGCAGACCAAGAGAUGGUAGUCAACUUUCUGGACCAUGUUCAACAAAAGACUGGCUGGUACACAGCUUCAUUAAGCUCAACACUGCAACAGCAAUGGAUUCAAGAUAACAAUGAAGGAUCCUAG